AUGAAGACCUCAUCCAUUCUCUUCGUCGCUAUGAGCGCUCUCGCGAGCUUGACCGAGGCCAGACGCGGAUGCAAACCAGACGUCGCUCACCCUGGAUUCGGCACAUACACCAUCGCCAGCGGAGACAACCUGAACGACAUUGCUACAGACUUUGGCACCACUGCCACCCAGCUUGCGACCAUCAACAGUAUCCCUAACCCGGAUCAAAUCAAGCCCGGAAACACUCUCGUCGUGCCGUGCCGAUAG